AACCUCACCAGCUCCCAUACUUGCAACUGCUUCAGCCGGCUAUCCGCCUUUCCGACUUUGGCUUAGCGCGUCGUCGGUGUCUUGCCGCUAAGGCCUAGCCAAUUUUCCCUGGUCUGUCCUCAGCCGGGCCGGGCCUGUACCCUUCCUCGGACUUCUGGGGCUUUUUCCCACUCUAGUCCGGCUACAGCAAGCAUCCUUUAAGAUGUCUGACAACGGGAGCAGCACAGAUGGCCCACAAGACUCAGGAAAAAGAAGCCCGCUCAAUAGUCCUGAGGAGCAGUCUGACGUGGAUGUCAGGAGAGAGACCUCCUCAGACACUGAACUGAGCUUGAAUCUGACCAGAGAUGGUGGCGUCCUCAGCCAGGCCACCCCAGAAAGUCAAGGCACAGACGUAGAAGGUUCAGCUGAAAACAUCAACUUUGAAAGCACGGAAGAUUCUGACCAGUUCUUCAUCUGUGAGGAAAACUUAUUCGCUUACCGCGCAGCAGGAGAGGAGGAGCUAGGAGCGGAAGAGGGGGCGAGAGGAGCGGCAGAAGAGCAGCCUCAGGUACAGUGCGAUGAAGCUAACCGCGAUCAGUAUUUAUCAGAAGGGGAUCGGGCCCUGGAGGACUGGGUGUCCUCUGAAACAUCUGCCCUGCCCCGCCCUCGCUGGCAAGUCCUUUCCGCUCUUCGAGAGCGGCAGCUGGGUUCCAGUGCCCGCUUCGUGUAUGAGGCCUGUGGGGCAAGAGUUUUUGUGCAGCGUUUCCAGCUGCUCUGUGAGCUUGAAGGCCAUCACGGCUGUGUCAAUACUGUGCACUUUAACCAGCGUGGCACCUGGCUGGCCAGUAGCAGUGAUGACCUUAAAGUGAUAGUGUGGGACUGGGUGCGUCAGCACCCAGUACUGGAGUUUGCGAGUGGCCACAAAAAUAAUGUCUUUCAAGCCAAGUUCCUUCCCAAUUGUGGUGAUUCCACCUUGGCCAUGUGUGCCCGUGAUGGGCAGAUACGCAUAGCAAAGCUCUCUGCUCUACCACACUGUAAGAAUACUAAGCUUGUGGCCCAGCACAGGGGAGCCUCCCAUAAGUUGGCUCUGGAGCCAGACUCCCCUUUUAAGUUCCUAACUUCAGGUGAAGAUGCAGUUGUUUUCGCCAUUGAUCUCAGACAAGACCAGCCAGCUUCCAGAGUGGUGGUAACCAAAGAGGGGGAGAAGAAAGUGGGGCUGUAUACGAUCCAUGUGAAUCCUGCCAAUACUUACCAGUUUGCAGUGGGCGGAAGAGAUCAGUUUGUAAGAAUUUAUGACCAGAGGAAAAUUAAUGAGAAUGAGAAUAAUGGGGUACUCAAGAAAUUCUGUCCUCAUCAUCUAGUCAACUGUGAUUCCAAAGUAAACAUCACCUGCCUCGUUUACAGUCACGAUGGCACAGAGCUCCUGGCCAGUUACAAUGAUGAAGAUAUUUAUCUCUUCAACUCCUCUGAUGGAGAUGGAGCCCAGUAUGUUAAGAGAUACAAGGGGCACAGAAAUAGUGCCACAAUCAAAGGUGUCAAUUUCUAUGGUCCCAGAAGUGAGUUUGUGGUGAGCGGCAGUGAUUGUGGGCACAUCUUCCUCUGGGAAAAAUCAUCCUGCCAGAUCGUUCAGUUCAUGGAGGGGGACAAGGGAGGCACCAUAAACUGCCUUGAGCCCCAUCCUUACCUACCUGUGCUGGCUACCAGUGGCCUAGAUCAUGAUGCCAAGAUCUGGGCACCCACAGCUAAAGCUGCCACUGAUCUGGCUGGGUUAAAGAAUAUGAUUAAGACAAACAAGAGAGAACGAGAUGAAGAUCGCAUACACCGCACUGACCUGUUCGACAGCCACAUGCUUUGGUUCCUCAUGCGUCACCUGACACAGAGAGGUCAUCACCAGCGCUGGGGAGCUCCUGGAGUUGGAGUCAUGGAUGCAGAGUCAAAUGCGUCUUCCAGUACCUCCAAUUCAUCUGAGGAGGAAGAGAACCAAGACCGUGUGCAGUGCCUGCCAUCCUGAAGGCCUCAUGCCUGCUCCAGCUAGAUGUCACCUCAG